AUGCGAGCAAGAUUGUCCAGAUUGCCCCGGCUACAGAUUCCUGAUCCCCGACUAGCGGACGAGCCACGGCCGCGGGAGGAGUUUCGUCGGUACAUCCCUGAGCUGGCAGAGCCGGUGCCAGCCUUACCAGCUGAGAGGACGCGAACUCUUACGCCGUCGGCGUCUAGGGAGGAUCUACGCGACUCUGCUGACGAUGCGACCGCUCAGUCUAGCUUCUUCCAGAAGCUCCCAUUCAAGAUUCGUCGCCGAGUCCUGGUCGAGGCAUUUGGUGGGCACACUAUCCAUAUGGACUUGUCUUUUGACCAUCCAGAACGGCCCUUGGAUAAAGCGUAUUUCGAUGGCUCGAUAAAGCAUUUGUCUAACCACGGAAAUUACAAUCGCGAGACAGGGUUGGAGGGUCAACAAGAGACACAGAGGUAUAAAGUCGAUUCCUCAUUGCCAAAAAGAUGGAUCUGGCGCAGUUCCGACUGCCACAGAAACCGGCCGUGGGAUAGUAGAAGCGACGAGCAUAACAAGUAUAAAGACAGAGCGGUCAAUGCCUCAGAGGACCGUUGCCGCUUCGGUGGUGUUGAAGGCCACUUUUGUCAACUUUGGCCUGGUGAACGGCCGCACAAGUGUUUUGUAGGAGCAAUGGGAUGGCUGCUAAGCUGCCGCCAGGCGUAUUGCGAGGGCGUUGAUGUCUUGUAUGGCACGAACACUAUCCACACCGCUAGCAAGCAAAUGCUCCUGCAUUUGGACAAACUUCUACUUCCUCAAAGUCUAUCCAAGAUCAGAUCAGUGGAAUUGGUUUGGUACUUCAAGCCGUAUGCACCGAAUAGUGUCGUCGUUGGUCCGCUCGAUGGCCUGCCGUUGUGGGGGGAUUUAACGCCUAUGAAGGAAUAUAGGGGACACCCGGUUUACAUAGAGGAGGUCGAAUCCAUCGAAAUCACCGACAGAGAUAUAAUCACUCCGAUUGACAGGAUGAUUUCCAAGUUCAGCCCCAAGCUGAGACAGUGCACAAUUGCACUCGGUAGCUUGGAGUACGAAAGAAGGAGAAGGCAGGCUGUGAAAGCCGGAGACGUCGAGGUUGAGCAUAUCCAUCUUCAGCACUUGCAGGAGCGCCACUGGAGACCUUUGAACAAUAGCCCGGGGGGUUUAGAAGGGUACUGGAUUCAACUUGGACAUCGGGAGCUGGGUAGAGUUGGGAGGUGUGGUGGCUUUGGGGAGCCACCCUCACCGGAGCCUCCGGAGUAUAAAGUUCUGUUUCAGCCUUGGUACCUUGUGGGAAAUGAAAGACACCUUAGAUACUGA